CAUUCUGUGGCAGUCACGCAGUUGACUACACCUGAAUGUUCCUCUCCACAGCCCAUCUACUUGACUCUGUGGUUUAUAAUUAUCAAACAUCCAGCUUUCAGCCAAUGAGGUUUCUACCAAGUCUGCUACCUCAAUAAAUAACAGGCCACUGAUUAGCCUCACAAUCAGUCACAAGCACAGCACUAAGGCUGAUUUGGACCCUGAGCUCUGAGCAACUAGCAGGGUUACAGGGAAACCUACAGUCAGAAGCAGCUGUGUCUUUGGUCUUUGAGAUCUUAGCCUCCGAAGUCUCCCAUGGCUCCUUAUCAUAUCCGAAAAUACCAGGACAGCGACCACAGGAGUGUGGUGGAUUUGUUCCGCAGAGGCAUGGAGGAGCACAUCCCCGCCACCUUUCGCCACAUGCUGCUGCUGCCCCGAACCCUCCUGCUCUUACUCGGGGUCCCUCUUACUCUAUUCCUGGCCUCAGGCUCCUGGCUUCUGGUUCUUCUGUCCAUCCUUACCCUCUUUCUUUCCCUGUGGUUCCUUGCAAAAUACACAUGGGAAAAGCAUGUGAUGAACUGUUUGCACACAGACAUGGCUGACAUCACCAGAACCUACAUGAGUUCUCACUCCUCCUGCUUCUGGGUAGCUGAGUCUAGAGGUCAGACAGUGGGCAUGGUGGCUGCUCGGCCAGUGAAGGACCCCCUCUUGCAGAAGAAGCAACUGCAGCUACUUCACCUCUCUGUGUCAUUGCAGCACCGAAGAGAAGGCCUAGGGAAAGCUAUGGUCAGGACUGUCCUCCAAUUUGCACAGAUGCAGGGCUUCAGUGAAGUUGUCCUUUCCACCAGCAUGCUGCAGUACGCAGCCCUGGCUCUCUACCAGGGCAUGGGCUUCCAGAAGACUGGCGAGACCUUCUACACCUAUUUGUCCAGACUAAGGAAAUCUCCAAUGAUAAACUUAAAGUAUAGCCUCACUUCUCCUUGGGAAGGGGACCUGUGAUCUCUCUCCUCUGGGCGUCAAUCAGGAUCUGAUUGCUUCUGUAAUAGUAACAAGCAGACCCAGCUACUUCAGGUGCAAACCACUAACCCUCACUCUCAAGCACAUCUGAGUAAGUGUUUUGUGGGUGGGCUUGGGGCAAUGGUUACUCUGUGUUAUCUAGGCUUUCUGAGGUAUUCUUUAGCUAACAUAACGCCAUGUAUAAAAAGUAACACAAUAUGAACUAACCAGUACCCCGGAGCUCUUGACUCUAGCUGGAUAUGUAUCAAAACAUGGCCUACUCGGAGGCCCAUUGGACUUGCAAACUUUAUAUGCCCCAGUACAGGGAAAUGCCAGGGCUAAAAAGUGGGAGUGGGUGGGGAGGGGGGUGGGGGGGAAGGGUAUGGGGGACUUUUGGGAUAGCAUUGGAAAUGUAAAUGAGAAAAAUACCUAAUAAAAAAAAAGGAAUGAAAAGAAAAAAAAACAGUAACACAAAA